GUUGGGACAAAGGGUACUCAGAAAAACAUAGGUAGGAAAAAAAAACAGCAUGGGAUUCAGACAUUUUAGUACGUGUUUUUUGUUAGCACUAUGUAUUCUAAGCCAAGGUUUGGCAAAGGGUGCUCAUGGCUUCGCAUGCAACUGGGGAACGCGUUUAACACACCCUCUUCCACCUCAAAUAACUGUGAAACUGAUGAGAGACAAUGGAUUCAAACAAGUGAAGCUAUUUGAGGCUGAUCCUGCUGCACUGAAGGCUCUUGGAAAUUCUGGCAUUCAAGUAAUGGUUGGCAUACCCAACGACCUCUUAGCAACCCUCGCUUCCAGUGUCGAUGCUGCCAUUGCAUGGGUCAACCAAAAUGUAUCCAACUACAUAUCCAAAAACGGGGUUGAUAUAAGGUAUGUUGCUGUGGGAAAUGAAGCGUUUCUGAAAACAUACAAUGGUCAGUUUGUGAAUUCAACUUUUCCAGCAAUCCAGAACAUUCAAGCAGCGCUUAUAAAAGCAGGAUUGGGAAGGCAAGUGAAGGUGACAACGCCGUUAAACGCAGAUGUGUAUCAAAGUGACAGUGGUCUUCCAUCAGGGGGAAACUUCAGGCCUGAUAUUCAUGACCAAAUGAUCUCCAUAAUAAAGUUCCUGAGCCAAAAUGGUGGCCCUUUAACCUUCAACAUCUACCCAUUCCUCAGCCUUGAUGCUGAUCCUCACUUCCCAAAAGAAUUUGCGUUCUUCGAUGGCUCAGCUGCCCCUGUGGUUGAUGGCUCCAUAACUUACACCAAUGUGUUUGAUGCAAACUAUGACACUCUCAUCACAGCUCUUGAGAAGAACGGUUUUGGGCAAAUGCCUGUGAUCAUUGGAGAGGUUGGAUGGCCAACAGAUGGAACAGCCAACGCCAACAUAAAGAAUGCUCAAAGGUUCAACCAAGGCCUAAUCGAUCGCAUUGUGAAAAGGCAAGGAAGUCCCAAAAGACCAACCCCACCUGAUAUCUACUUGUUUGGAUUCAUAGAUGAAGAUGCCAAGAGCAUUGAGCCUGGCCCUUUUGAAAGGCACUGGGGUGUCUUCAACUUCGAUGGUUCCAUCAAAUACCCUUUAAAUCUUGGUGGCGGAAAACAGCUAGUUGCUGCAAGAGGGGUGAGGUAUUUGCCAAAACAAUGGUGUGUCAUGUCAACUCAGGCCAAUGUUCAAGACCCUAAUGCUUUUGCUGAGAGCAUGAGCAAAGCAUGCACAUAUGCUGAUUGCACACCUCUUUUUCCUGGUGGAUCUUGCAGUGGAUUAGACGUAAGAGGCAAUGCUUCGUAUGCAUUCAACAUGUACUUUCAGACCAUGGAUCAACGCAAAGAUGCAUGCAAUUUCAAUGGCCUCUCUGUCAUCUCUAACAUCAACCCUUCACCCCCUCAAAGCUCUUGCCAGUUCAAGAUCAUGAUCGAUCUGGGGAAGCAUGAAAGGAAGUCCACCCCUCCUUCCGAUGCACCAAAACUAAACUCAAAGCUCGUGCUGGUGUCAAGCUUCAUUUUCACCGUGUUGUUGUUCCUUUAUGUGUAGGUUUUUUUAUUUGUCUUCUGCAGAGAGAUUCACAACUUCACGUACGCCACCAAUUUUUUUUCUUUAUUCAUUUAAUUAUUUUCCUUUCUGUGUCUGUAUUAUAUCACUUUCGAGUAGAUUUUCAGCCUCGUACAUGAUCAAUGAAUGAAUAAAAUUGAUCUCGUUCUUCAAGUUUAACCAAUU